GGCAGAUGGUAGGUGGAGAUUUUUUUAAAAUUUCAAUAGAGCCAAGAGCACAUUCCUGGUUUGUGUCAGAGCAAUCGAGAGACAACAAAAAAUGUUUCUACGAGCCUCGAAGUGACGCAAGGGUGCUGCAAAGAAGUUUCUCGCAUCAAAUACGGCAGGAGGCAUACAACAAAAACGAUGGGAGUAAAGGCAGAACCGCACCAAAGGUGGGUGCCCUGCGCGGAGACGGGGUACCGAGUUGUCGAGGGUACGCUAGUCCAGGGGGGCAAGUUCUUCUUAUGAAAAUGUCAGAUCAUUGAGGUUGAUGGACUUCGUAGUCCUCAGUAAAUCAAUGGAGGAACUCCUGGUACCAGUUGUAUUUGGAGAAGAACUGCUCCAGAUGAAGACUCUACCAGUUACAACGGGAGAACUGCAAUGUGUUCAUUUGUUUCUAGCAAGUAGAAUCCGCUAGCUACGUGCAAUCUGUUUUGUUUCUAGCAUUUCCAAGGAGGGUUUUCGACUAUUUAAGGGUAACAAGGUUAUUUGUUUCUAGCAAGAAUCGAUCUAGGUAAAAGUAUGACUAUGUGAUUACAGCUGGCACCUCUAAAUCCAGCUCCAUCCGACGCAGCGGCCGCGGGAAAAAAUAUUCCGCUCGAAAAGACGAGGUUGUACUUCUUCGAGGACUCGCCGUGUGAGGACAACACAGCACUGACGCAUCUGGACGAUGCCAACAUCCUCUUCAAUCUUCAGCGGAGGUACGCGGAAGAUGAGAUCUACACAUACACGUGCAAUGUCCUGUUGGCGGUCAACCCGUACAAGAAGCUGCCACUCUUCGAUGAGGAAACAACUAUGAAUGAACAACAACAGAAAAAAAUAGAAAUACUAUAAUUAUGAACAUUCGUCCCCUACCAUAGGUAUAGGAUGAUAGGCUCGUGUUAGACUAGGAAUCAAGAUGAACUACAGAACGCAGAUGAUUGAAUACUAGAACGUGACGCCGCUGUCUAUCUGAUAGAUUUUGACAGCAUAAAACCCUCCCUGCUUGCUUAGACUUGUGUUCCCGUGCUUUUGCAGUUUUUCCAAUCGUGGAGCAUCAAACAAGCGGAAUAAAUGUUCUAAUUCCUAGCAGCAGUACCAGAGCAAAAACUUGGGCAUGCUGCCCCCACAUCCCUACGCAGUUGCCGACGUGAGCUAUCGCAGUCUCAUCUGCGAGAAGAAUUCCCAGUCCCUUAUCAUCAGUGGCGAGAGUGGUGCGGGAAAAACUGAAACGGCGAAAAUCGUGAUGCAUUACCUGGCUACAGUGGUUUCGCGCACAGACACCAGCUCCGCCGAGAACAUCCAAGAAAAAGUGCUGAAUGCGAACCCGAUCCUGGAAUCUUUCGGCAACGCGCAAACGCUGAGAAAUCGAAAUAGUUCGCGCUUCGGCAAAUACAACAAGAUGUUCUUCAACCCGAUCGGAUCUCUGGUCGGCUCCGGAAUCUCGACCUACUUGCUAGAAAGUAGCAGGGUAAAGCGAGGGCAUUAUCCUUAAUAUUAUAUAUGAUCCAGGGCUCAGGGCUACGGUACCAGCCUCCUAGCACAGGGGGGGACCGGUAGCCCCGGACCUCCUUUAAAGGCAUCGGCCGGGUGCGGAAGGCUUCAAAAGGGGCCCAAGGGACCUCCUCCGCUUCCUUCCAGCUGCCUGCGUGUGCCCUACAGGCCUCCGACGUAGGUGGAAGGCUUCAAAAGGGGCCCAAGGGGCCUCCCCCGCUCCCUUCCAGCUGCCUGCCGGUACACUACAGGCCUCGGAUAUUCUUCGCCGCCGCAGCAGUGCGCCGGGUAUGGAAGGCCUCCGAAGGAGGCAAGAGGCGAGGGGCUGGACCCCCUGAGCCGUGUGGCCUGUACCCUCUAGGCCCUUGGUCAUCGGCCCGCUUGCUCUUGAGACCGUGGCCGCCUUUGGCGGCCUUUACCCCGGAGACCUCCAGCGCCAGCGUGUGAGGGUCAGCAGAGGCCAGGAGGCGGCUAGGGCACAUGCUGAGAGGCGCAAGAGGACGCGCGCGCCCAGUUUUGACGCGUUCCAAUCCGAGAACUUGCGAAAACAAAGCAGCGCGGAAAAGAGCGCGCAAGCGCCACCACAGACCCCGCCACAGGGAGGGGGACCGUGCGGCCCCGAGUCAUAUAGCUUAUGAAAGAGGGCGCAUUUGUUCUAGAGACUAAAGCUGUCUCAUUUGUUGUCUAAGGUUAACAGUGUUAUUUUGUGUCGAGCUUGAUUAUCUAUUUGCGUAGAGUUACCUCUUCUAGGAUGUAGUUCCUGACUCAAUUCCAAUCUCUUAUAUAUAUUCCCUCUUUGAUCUUAAUCUCAACAAGCCAACGUGCAUGACUCAGGUAUGCGUGCAAAACGGGGAGGAGAGGAAUUAUCACAUUUUCUACGAGUUGCUGCAUGGUUUUCCCCAACUCGGGAAGUGGGAGCUGACGCCAAAUCGCUCCUACAAGAUUUUGAAUCCCGGUGAUACAAGCAAAAAUAGUCCAGAGAACGAUAAAAGCAAGUUUCAGCAUAUGUGGGACGCUUUUCGGGCCAUAGGGAUUGACGAGGGAGAGAUCGAAAGCAUUUUUCAGAUCAUCGCAGCACUCAUUCACUUGGGAGAAUUUAAAUUUCACGAAAAAGAAGACCAGACGGGAAGAAAAAGCGUUUCGGAUGAGAAAGGGUUUCAUUCUGACAUUACAACCUUCUGUUAGUACCUUGGAAUUUGGUGGAGAACAACGUCUCGAUGAGAAUGAUCUCGGUCGGGGAGAUGCUCUUCGUCUUGCUUGUCUUCUGUUUCCUGUAUUCCUCGGAGUUUGAUACUUCUCACAUCCUUCUUGGUCUUCAGGAUGAAGAUUCUUGGUCUUUGUGAUUAAGAUCAGGACAGAUCUUGGAACUUAUUGAUGUUUUGAUCUCUCUCUCUGAUCUCGAUCUCGUGCCAUUUUGUGCUUAUCUAUAAAUAUAUAUAUGUUCCAGGGCUCAGGGCUGAAGGCUUCCCCGAUCUAACUUUUUGAGGGGGGGGCUUCCCAGCCCCGGGCCCUCUUUUCGAGGGGCGGCCGGGUGGGAAGGCCUCAAAGCGCCCACCUCUGACCCCUUCCCGCUUCUUGCCUGUACCCUAGAGCGCCACCAAACCGGGGGGCGUUGAAGCUGGCAAAGGAGGCAAGGCAGGACCCCGCUGGCUUGUUGCGUGUACCCUACAGACCUGGCAAAGGUGGCAAAGGCUGGGCUUCGACGUCUCCGGUUUGGUGGCGCUCUAGGGUACAGGCAUCAAGAAGCGGGAAGGGGUGGCCAGAGGUGGGCGCUUUGAGGCCUUCCCGCCUGCCAGCCCCUCGCAAAGAGGGCCCGGGGCGGGGAGGCCCCCCUCCUCAAAGAGUUAGCUCGGGGGGGCCUUCAGCCCUGAGAUCCAGGGCUCAGGGCUACGUUACCCCCCUAGCGUAUGGGGGUCGCCGGAAGUCCCGGACCUCCUUUUGCAGCCGUCUGCCGGGGGUGGAAAACCUCAAAAGGAGGCCAAGGGACCGCCUCCGCCCCCUUCCAGCUGCUUGGCUGUCCUCUACAGGCCUCCGAUGUAGGUGGAAGGUCAAAAGGGGCGCAAGGGGCCGCCUGCGCUCCCUUCCAGGAGCCUGGCUGUGCCUUAUAUGCCUCUGAUAUGCUUCGCCGCCGCAGCAGUGCGCCGCUCACGGAGGGCCUCCGAAGGCGGCAAAAGGCGAGGGGCUGGACCCCCUAAGGGGCUCAGGGGGGCGCUUGCUCUCCCUUCCAGGUGUUUGCUUGUGCUUUACAUGCCUCCGAAAACGAUAUGCUUCGCCGCCGCAGCAGUGCGCCGGGCGUGGAAGGCCUCUGAAGGCGGCAAAAGGCGAGCUGAGGGGCUGGAACCCCUGGGCUGUGCGGCUUGUACCCUCCGGGCCCUUGGUCAUCGGCUUGCUUGCUCUUGAGACCGUGGCCGCCUUUGGCGGCCUUUGGGCCCGGAGACCUCCCGCCGGCGAGGGUCAGCAGAGGCCAGGAGGUCUCCGAGGAACACGCAGAGAGGCGCAAGGAGGCGCCCGCGCCCAGUUUUGACGCCUUUCACCACUAGAGUCCGCGAAAAUCAGCGCGGAAAUGCGCGCGCGCGCCACCACAGACCACACCUACCACAGGGGGGGGGCGCCGUGCAGCCCUAAAGCAUAUAUUUAUACAUAUGUAUGUAGGGAGGGGGGCCCCCCGUGUGGAUGGAGCGGAGGUGGCGUCGGCGCGCCCUUUUUUCCGCGGUGGCCGUGGUCGGUGGCGUGUCGGGGUUUCUGGGGGUGAAGGCCUGAAAAGGCGGGCCGGAGUCCCCUGGCGGCUCUCCGCGUGUGCCCCACAUGUGUCCUGACUCUUGGACCCAGUGGGGGGGACGGCCUCCGGGGGCGGAAGGCGGCCUCGGCCGCCAGGCCUGGCCUCUUUGGCCCUCGUCCCCCCAAUUGGUGGCAGCGUCUGCCGCCACCAAGCGCCCGGGGGUUGAGGACCAAAGGCGAGGAGGAGUGGGGGCAAGGCGUGCCGGCCUGGGAUCGGUCGGAUACAUGCAGCAUGGCGAGAGGGGUCAACAAGCCUUGCCACCUGCUGCCCUCGGAGGCCUCCCGCCCUCGAAGAAACUCCUCCAGUGAGGAGCCUGCACGCGGGAGAUCUGCAGGGUACAUGCAACACGGGAAAGGGGUCAAGCCUUGUCGCCUUCGGAAGUCUUCGCUCCACCCCCGGCCGUUGGUGCUUGAACGGCUUCAGGGGUUUGGGCUCUGUAGGGUACAGGCAAGAAGCUGCGAGGGCGCGAAGGUGGGCGUUUGGAGGCUUUCCCGCCCGGCAGUCCCUCGACAAUCAAAAAGGGUCUGGGGCUGGAGGCCCCCCCCUCAAAAAUUAGCUUAGAUCGGGGGGCCUUCAGCCCUGAGCCCUGAAGUAUAUAGAGAUGACUCAUCCUUUUACUGCUUUACUUUAUUUUUCAGUGACGAAGAGGAGCUACCCGAAAUUGAGUUGGAGAAUUUUCAGGAGAUAAUAGCGGCAGAGCUCUUGGGAUUUGACGAAGUUUCACUUUUAUCAGUACUCCAGUGGCGCACAGUGAUGGUCAAGCAUCGCGAAUCUUUCUAUCGCGUCCCGCGGACGCUGGAGCAGGCGGAGGGGACCUUGCAAGCGUUAACCAAAACGCUUUAUAAGCGGCUAUUCGAGCGAAUUAUUGCAAAGAUAAACGCCUUGAGCUGCUCAAAUGCGCAAAAUGUAUCACUUUUGCUCUUCAAUUUUUUCUGAGCGAGUUAAAAUGGAAUGUCGUGGUAGGCCUUUCCCUGGUUUCAGUAGAUAAUUCGUACUGAUAUGAAGACAACUAACUAAGCACCUCCUACGAGUACGACGUCGACUACAUACUAGUACAACGUUCAUAUUUACAACAGGGAGUGGUCGGCAGUUGGGAUGCGACAACUACAUUAAAUAUGUAUCUGUACAACUUCUUCUAGCAAAAAGGUAUCAUCUGGAUGUGCGUCAGCAUUUCUAGCAUCAGAGAUGUUGGUGGAGAAGAAAAUGGUGCAAGAGAGAGGAUGAAGAAAAAUGAGGAGAGUAGUCCUAGUCAAGACGAGUCUCGAGUAAGUUCCACGAACAAUCUUCGCACUCACUCACUGAACGCAGGCAGGCAACUGCGAAUGAAUCCCUCAGGUAAACCACAUUGGCAUCCUCGAUAUUUAUGGCUUCGAACGCCUGACAACGAAUAGCUUUGAACAGCUUUGCAUUAACCUUGCAAACGAGCGACUCCAGCAAUUCUUCAUCGAGAACGUAUCUAUACUAUUGACAUAGUUGAAAACGUAUACCAUAUACUAUACAUUAUAGAUGUAUGAAGAGAGUAUUUUUAUCCGUAUUGAAAUGGGAUCCUCUUGUUUUACCCGUAGUGUCUGCAAGGUUAAUCAUCUCUGGAGUGUUUUCAAUGGAUUUGAAUAUGCCUGUGCCGAGGUACCUCAUUUCGGAGGUGCUCCAUGCGGAAGACUUCGUCAAAUUUUAUGAAGUCUGCACAUACAAUUAGGCACUUUCCCGUUAGAAAAUUUGCAGCCACAUAGCUGCAUAAUACUCAGACUUUUCUUCACAAUGAUUUGGCUCCUACUACAAACUAGAAGUACAUUUUUUAAGGUACUUCUCGCAGAGCAGAGUAUCUACACCAAGGAGGGUUUAAGCUGGACAGAUCUGCCAUUGCCGAAUAGCUGGCCGGUCGUAAAUGCAGUCAAGGGAAUUUUCACAAUUCUCGACGACCACUCUCUUCGCAAGAUAAAGAAUUUGGACACCAACGACGAUAAAUUCACCCAAGGCGUCCAUGACAAGUAUGUUAACGGCAAUGCGGGAGAUGGUAUAGACUCUUUUAUUGGAUCAGAAUGAAGAUUUGAUUUUCAGGGAUGAUUAUUUUUCAGUUUCAUCUAAAUGUAAAGUAAUUGUAUAGAUUCACUUGAGCGUAUGCGUACGUUGAAAAAUCAAAUCUAGGUACUACUAGAACUACUACAUCAAGAGCUGUAGUCUCCUUAGGACAAAAGAAGAUCUUUCUUCUCAUCAGGCCGCGUUCGCGCACCGAAGCUGCAAGGAGGCCGAAAUAAGACCAUGGGCCGACUAUUAGAUGGUUUCGUUGUUAAGCAUUACGCAGGUGAAGUCUUUUACACAACGCGAAAAUGGUUCGACAAGAACAACGACCGGCUCAGCUCAGAGCUAGAGACUCUCAUCAAGGAGUCGAGGGUACCACUGCUUAAAAACUUUUAGAUACUGAGGACUUCACACUCACUAGUCAGCAGUUCUUCUACUAGUUGCAACACCAAUAUUAUAGAUCUGCGAUGAUCCUGAACUAUAAUGAACGAAGCAUCAUCUACGUUUGAUCUCCCCUCUCCGUCCUUCAUUUUUUUUUGUUUCUCUCAGGUACCUCUUGUUUCCGAACUUGCUUGCGUCGAGGCGAGCGAGAAAAGUGACAAAUUUGUUUCAGUGGGGAAGAGCUACGUUGAGAAUUUGGAGCAGCUUUGUCAGCAGACAUUGUCCAAGAAUACGCUACAUUUAAGGCUCAAUAUUUUUCAUUUCUACAAGUCAUUUCUCGCAGUUUCCUUCCUUGGAUUCUGAGGAAAUGAUGGGAAGAAAUGAUAAUCGAACGCUUUGAGCUCUAAUACACUAUAUCCGCUGUUUCAAUCCCAACGGGCAGCAGCGCAAGGAGAGUUUCGAUCCAAAGUAUGUUUUAGAACAGAUUCUCCAAUCCGGAACUGUCGAACUAGUACACGUCAUGCACGAUGGUUACCCGCAUCGCGUGAGCUUUGAGGAACUGCAGCAACGAUUCUUGAAGUUAUGUCAAGCUGGCCUGUCUUUUCUACAUACAAUAGUCAGGUUAGUGAACAUGUGAAUCUUGAUGAACUUUUUCUACACAUAUUUACCACUAGCACAAACUAACAGUUCGCUGUGGCGGUCGGGGACAAUCUACAACUACAACUACAGGUUCCAUUAGAAUAUACGCCUGCUGUUGUAAUAAGCAAGCAUCCCAAGUAGAACAACAUUUUUCCCAUUUUGUGUCUUUCAUUGCCGCUUCUGCCAGAGGACUUCCAGCACUAUGACAGGCGGACGUUCGUGGAGAGCAUCAUGAAAGCGUUCGAGAUAGAUCCACGAGCGUGGGAGCUUGGAGUUAGUAAACUAUUUUUGCGUGCGGGCCAGCUGCGAACACUUGAGAGCCUGAAGGAAUCCGGCAGCGGCGCUAGCAAAGAAGUCCUCAGUCGUCUUAGAAGGGACAUCGUGCGCAAGAAGAUCAAGCGUGUGAAGCAUGCUGUCACGCUGUGUGUAUAAUUCUUUUUGCCUCUACUUUUUAUCAGGUUCUGGUUCUUGAGAUAUCAAUGCUGUGCUUGCGCAGUUGGAUGAUUUAGAUAUUUCAUUAUGUUGAUCCAGAUGAGAAAUAAGAGCAAGAAUUUCGAGAGAACGUGAUAAACCCCCUACUAGUAGUACUGCAUGAUAACAUGAUAACAUUAGAACAUCAUCUUUAGAAAUCCUACAACAACAGCUCUGGAUGCCGCGUUUCAUUCGGCAAAUAAGGCGAGAGAAGCUGAUCGGAAACUUAAGAUCAGCGUGCUUCGUCCUAGUGCGGCUCUACCGGUGGCUAGACUAUUCCCGUGGCAUCAUACGGCGUCGCUUUUUAGAGGAGCAGAGGCGGAAGCAGCAACGACAGCUGAGCGCAGACGGUCAGGACGGCUUGCAUUUUUCACGACCCAGAUCUUUCGUCUGCAAAGCCUUAGUUGGGGGAAAGGAAAACCUCAUUUUCACCGAUGGAAAAAGCUUAUUCUGCUGUGUGCAUGGAGAACGCACAGUGGGCCCGAUCUAUCAAGUGAACAUUCUUACUGGAAAAAUUCACAAGGCCGUCUCGACAGCAAGUAUGAAAGACUACAACACGUCGAGUGGAUCCCCUGCUGAGGAAGGUGGUGGUGGCGUUGACGCAAUAGAAGCAAGAAAUUAGGCGCAGAUUUGAGAACAAUAGGAUGGUGUCUGAAUUCGUCUUCACUUAGUUUACCUACCGCUUAGUAUUGCAGAGAUGAACUCUUACUUUCUUAUCGUGCUUGGCAUUGGAUUCAAAAAUCACAAUGAGAAUGUUGAAUACGAAAUAUGAACUCUCACACAACAAGGCAAUACGGGUAUUUGCUCCUGCAUUUUCUGGUUUCUCUAAGAAUAACAACCUUUUCCUGACGUUUGUGCGAUCACGCAACAUCCAAAGUAUGCCUUCCGGUUCGCAAUCGCGGAUGUCGAAGGCCGUGUCUGGUUUGUAGACUGGCAUGGCAUACGGGAAGAAGACACGCUACUCUACUCGGUCUCGAGUGUCUUUCAUGGCAUGGCACAUUGCCAGCCACCACGCGCUUUGAUCCGAGGGAAACUUGAAGGAGGAGGAGCCGGUGGCAGCUCAAUGCCAUCUUCGGGGCCACCCUCAAGAGGAACUAAAUUCGCAUCGAAAGGCACGACCAGCGGGCAAGUUAUGACUCUAUGUAUUACUUGCUGAUGUAGACACCAAAAGGGAUACUUUGUUUUUUUAUUUUGCUUCUCUGAUCAUUUAAGACCAUGCGUUCCCUCUCUACGUCGUGGGUGCGUGUUUACUUGCGACCAUUGAAAUUUCGAUUUCCUUCAAGAGUAGCCCUGUCUGUCUAAUGCACGUAAGAGUGCCGGUAGCGAACAGCAAGGUGGAAGCUCAUCGUCAUCGAGGGGUAGACACGACGAGAGCCUGCUCUUUCAGGAGGUUGCUCUCAUCAGGCAUCUAGCAUACCUCCCAUACGACAUAACGAAGCGAAAUGUCGUCGUUGCACUAGUCGAAACGACGGUAUUGAAACAACUAGUGUAUCAAGAGCCGCGAGUAGUUGAACAUUGGGAGGUCAACAGGAAUGACUUAGAAGAUGUAGAUGAUUCUUAAAUUAAAAUUCUUUAUGAGUGAAACCACUCUCACUCCAAUUCGAGUAGCUAUGUAUGUGGCUAUUAAUUUUUGAAAAAAUAGAAAAAGAGACAGUGUACUACCUUAUGUUAGAAGGCAAAUCCAUUCACUCAUUCCUUGGCUUGGCCAGGUAGAAGAGGAGUCAUCGCCCGUCUUUUUUCUGCAACUGCUUGAGACCUGCAGUUCGACGCGGCCGCAGAAAGUGCACGACACACAAUUAGUGGACACCAGCAUGGCCAGGCUACGCUUAUGGCUCAGAAUGAUUCAUCUUCAAGGGUCAUUUUCUUCUGUUCCCUUCUUGGGAGUCUGAAGAAAUGAACGGAAGAUAUGAACAAUCGCUUUGAAGAGCUCUAAUACGCGGUGCGCUUAUUGCAAAAGAGAAGGACCGUCGAAAGAGCAACAUUAAGGCAAGUACCGCUGAAGCAUCUCCUCAAUAUCAUGAUCCUUGGUUCGUCUUUUUCUACUCGAAAAUGGAACCAAGGGUGCACUCAGGGAUUCGACCGCGGUAGCUCUAACAACGCUCCAGAAACGGCAGCACACGAAAUUUUUGCCUUCCUCACGCCCACUUGCUCCGGGAAAAUGGUCGUGCUUGGCGGCUGCGCGCUUUUAAAUUGCUACACCGUAGCAGAGCAAAAGGGAAAGCUCAAACUGGACUUGGAAUACAUGCUGGGAUGUACUUACAGAUGAUCAUAAUCAUUUUGAUGUUCUUUUCGAUUUCUUUCGCAAUGGGAUACAACAUACUAACUGAGUUGUAGUUGUUCGUUGUAUGUUCUUAAAUUUUUUUUUUUACCUUUCAUCUUGUUCUUGUGCUUCUCGUUAACCCUGACAGCCCGAUAUUGCUGGAAGAGGAUCUAAAAAAUGUGUUCAUCUUCGCCUUGCUACAUAAGGUAAAUAUCUCGACAUCGAGAUGCGAAAUUUGAGGAGCUGCAUCUGCCUUCGGCGUAGCAUUCCUGCAACAAAAGAGAAGAAAUCCCUCGGCGACUUUGUGAUUGUAGGCGCUUCCGACGGGACCUUGUACGGCUUUCCAUUCACCUACGUCAUCGACCGGGGCGGCGCAAACAACGCUGCACUUAAGGCUACCGCUGGAGCAUCCUCCGCAGCAUCCUUGUCUCCUUUUUCAAAUAGAAAAGGACGCCAGGGAUGCAUCCAAGGAUGCCAAUGCGGUAGCUCUAAUGCUCCAGGCACAGCGCCGCAGCAGGGCCGCUUCAUCUUUGACGAUGAGAAUGCUGGCCGCUUCGACGUGGACGAGGGAGAGGAGAAAGAGUCCAUCGAACUUCUGUUCCCUAUCCAAAAAAACUAUUUCACAGCCCUAGAGAACAAGUUUGUCUCUAUUCGACGAACACAAGCGUUCUCUUGGGUGAUGGGCGAGAAGGACGGCAUCUUCGGAUGGCACCCGCAAGAAUUCAUGCUCAGCGGCUUACCUCCGGAUUUCACCUGCGCGGUCAGCUCCCGUGUAUACCCAAGUAUGAGCCUCUUCGUCAAAAAGGAGGAAAGUACCGGGACAUUUAAGAUCAUUCGCUGGAACCGGAACCAGAAUACAAAAAUUUAA